CUCGUGAUCUUGCCUAAUGUUGCUGUUUGAUAAGGUCGCUCUUCUGCACUCGAGACAGGUUUGCACUUCCUCGUUUGGACAGCCUAAAUAACAGCUACCUUGAUGUUUCUACUCUGAGCCACCGCUACGAAUUGCGAGUUUCAGCUCGGUUCUGCCACGUCCGUGAAGCCAUCUAAUUUUAAUGGAUCAGCAGCGUUUCUACAGAUAUCAUCAGGUCGCGUUUCCUGACACUCGAACAUGGGACCACACUGAGCAGCUUGAUCAGCCUCGGCACUGUGAAACUUGGGAGCAGCGUUCAUUCUCAGAUUCACAGCUUGAAGGUCUUCGCCAUACUUCCUCCAGUUCAUCUGCCGUGGAGCCCUGGUUGGACAUUAAGUCAGAACAGCCUCGCUUGCAUGGGGGGCCUUCGCGAGAAUUCUUGCAGCAUCAGGCGAGUCACGCGGAGUGCGAAGCCGAGGCGUGGUGGGUUACCAGAUCUUCGCCAACAACGCCUUCGCCAGCGCGUCCCUGCGGCGGAGGAUCGUGCCAGAACCACGACUACCACCACCAUCCCAAUCUCCACCACUCUGACCAUCGCCACCACCGCAAUCACCACCACACCGUCGUCUCGCUCCACCGCAAUUCUGAGAAUCACGACUGGGACCAUGACCAUCAUCAUGAAUCACGCCAGCACUCGCACCUUCGGGAGCUCCAUGACACUGUCUCCGAGGAUGACGGCCGCAGUCAAGGUCAACGGUUUCCGAAUCCGCCGUCUCUCUGCCGUUUGAAUAGUGACACCGCGGCCCUUAUCCAUCAAUGUUGCGGGCCACGGUUACCGGCGUCCUCGUCCGAGCCGAGCCGCCAGCUACAGCCGUUUUGGUCGUUGCCAUGCAUUCGUCCUGCUACCGCGCUACAGCCGACGCGAAGCAAGGGCCACGUGACUUUAGCAGAGGUGCAGACAGCGGUUUCGCCCGUGAGCCUGCACUCCGUUCGCAACAGCGGCCGUCUGCUGCUGUUUCAGUCGAAUCAGCAGUCCGGGAGUGGAGAGCAGCGCGCCCGCCGCGCCCGCAGAACGUCCUCGCUAGGCAGUAACGCGCUAGAAGCAGCAGCUGUGCGAUCCUGUGCCGAAAACGGCUGCUCGGACGAUAGGCAUGGAGUCCAAAUGUCGCCCUGCUCCCUUGGUGCUCCUCCCUCCGUGGCUGGCAGAAUUGCCAGCUCCAACGGGCACAGCAAGAAUUGUUCACAAAACCGUUUCACUCUGGGCCCUGACAGUCCUGGUAGUGGUGUGUAUGCGCACUCACGAGCUCAUGGUAGCGGUGACAGUAGUGAUUCAUGUGGCUUUGCACUGAGUGACAUCAGCAGUGAUGUCAGCAAUGACAGCAGCAGUGACAUGAAUAGCGAGCAUGGGAGUUAUCCAGCAGGGAAGCAAAUUGAGGGGUAUGAUGGUCAUUUGAUGGGUGCUGGAGGGAAGGUUGAUAGCGCAAGCUUUGGAAAAUAAUCUGUCAGUUUCAGCAUGAACAUCUGGUUCUCAUGUGAUGCGUGCUUGACAUGCAGCUUGGACUAAUUGCUGUUUGAAGACUGGGAAGGCAUGCCUUAGUGUAAACUCUCUUAGUGUGAUUUGUUUUGCACAUAAUGUACAUAGUGUUACGUUCAUAGUGCCUUCACC